AUGGAGUCAUUGCCAAUUGAAAUACGACAAGAUAUAUAUAAAAAAUGCGAUAUAGCAUCACUAUCCAAUUUCCUCCGAGUUAAUAGACAAUUUUGCCAUGAAAUAGUGCCAAUUCUUUGGGCCGACCCACUAACAGUAGGAAAGAGGUCGUUGUCACCUCAAACGAGGCAAACGGAAUCAGCAACACUUGCAUUUCCAGAUAAUACCGCAAAAAUUAUAGAUGUCUAUGUCGCGGAUUUCUCUAAAGAUACUUGGAAUAAUCUUCGUAGCUACGGAAUCCAACCACCAUUAGAUCUGCAAGCACCAACAUUCAAAUACGUUUCAUUUUUGCGUCAUUAUGAACCGAGAGCGGUAGAUUUUGCAGCAGGCGCGUGGUUAAAGAAGAAUCAGCGCAUAGAUCAAAAGAAACGCAGAAUAUUCGUAGAAUCGUUGUGUCAUCUCUUGCUAAACAAUGCCAAACGCAUUCAAUCGUGUUACUAUGACGUGGAAAAUGAUGUUGACUUUUGGGGCUCGAUUCCUCGAGAACGCUCAAAGUAUUUAAUUUUUGAAAAUCUCAGAGAAUUGAGAAUAAAAGGAAUCCAUGAAACCACCAAUUUGCGAGAUUUCUUUGAAAAUUUUGCUGAAUAUUGCCAUUCGCUGUAUGGAAUCAAACUCGACUGUUAUAAAGAUUCGGACAUUACCGAAGAGAUAAAUGACACUUAUAUCGGAUUACGAAAUGUGAUCGUAGCGCAAAAAGAUUUUCAAUGGCUUGAACUUACCCAUUCAUCCGCCUUUGCUAUCAAAUUUGUCAGUAGUAGUUUUGAUGCCUUGUCGAAUGCACUAAGAGCGCUCAGAUUUUACAGAAUUGAUUUUGGCGCAUUCAAAACUGAGAGUAUCUUCCUGGGGUUAAAAUUUUGCAAUAAUCUUGUCGCUUUAGAUUUCUUCGAGUGCAUGAAAUUAGAACAAGAAACGUGGAUCAAUACAGCAAAGUAUUUCAAGAAGCUAGAAUUUUUAGCUAUUGAAAUUCGAUCAGCGGAUUCAAUGCCACUCGAAUUCAUCAAUAAAAUAAUUAGAACAAGCGAUCAGAAUCUUCAGCAUCUUUUGGUUUCUCAGAAUGCGCGUCUUUCCGUAUUUGAGAAGAAUUAUAUAACUCAGACGCUCAUACCAUUGAUCUUGAAGCACAGCCGAAAUCUCCGCACCGUCAAUUUCCCGGAUUUUAGAAUGGAGAAUGCAAUCACUCUUCUGGAAAAUUGUUCAAAACUCGAGCACGUUGACGUUUAUUCGUCAGAUCUUGAUCAAGCUUUUAGAACAAUGGCUGAGAAACUUCCAAAUACUUGCGUAUCUAUUGGAUUCCAUGAUUUAUCGUUUCUUUUGGAAAAUUUGGAAGAGUAUGAGGAUGUUAUAAUUGAAUUUCUGGAGGCAACCCAUCAUCAUUUAGCAUAUUGUUCAAUCUAUCCCUACAACCUCAAUGAUUUCACACUUGAUGAAAAGAUUUUCAAAUAUGGUGUCAGCCUGGAGAAGAAGCCCGUGUAUGAAAGUAAGAUUUUUACAUUUUGA